AAAAAAACAAACAAAGGGGUCUGAUUAUAGAAUUGAUGACCCUCAAGGGUCAAUGUACCUACAUUAAAUUAUGUAAUAAUAUUUUCUGUAAUGUCAAUAGCCAGGGAGGAAAAUGAGGACUACGUUUGUAUGGAGAAGCGGUCCCAUUUCUUCUUAAAUAAUUGGAAAUAGCGCCCGGUAUUAUCUAAACUGAUAACCCCGCCUGUUAUAAAGCCGUGUAAUACUUCUGUUAGGGCAGUGGCUUGCGAUCAAUUGGAUUACUUGAAAGUAUUGAAUAUUUAAAAUUCAUAAUGGCAGUGUUUGCAGUGUUAAUGUUGCUUAUGUUUUCUGGAGUGUAUUAUCAAGUGACGAAGCUAUAGCUGUUGCUUGUAGCACGAAUGACAUCGAUUGUCUGAGCAAAUCUACCGAAAAAUUCCUAGAAAAAACACACAAAGGAAUACCCACCUGGAAUAUUGUGGCCAUAGAUCCUUUAGUUAUGCCUUCAUUCGACAUCGUGUUUGAUAACGAAGGCUUAAUUUAUAAGCAUCAGAACUUGACCGUGACGGGAUUACAGAAUCAACAGAUAUCAGAUUUCAAAAUGGACACAAAAGCAAAGUCGGUAGUACUAACGACUAAAGCCGAUUUAGAGAUUGACACUGAUAUAAAUGUUAUAUUCUCCAAGUCGUCAAAGUCCUUACCGGGACAUUACAAGUCACAUGCAAGUGUAUUGGGCACAGCUACUUAUAAGUACGAGCUUAAGACUGACGAAAAAGGAGUUACUCAUUUCCAUGUCGGCCCAGAGACCAUCACUUGCAAAGUUGUGGACGCCCCGAGAGUUGAAUUGAAACCUGAAUUUCAGCAGACUCUUUCAAAUGAUGCUGAUGCCAAAGCUUUCAGUCAAGAGAAGAAAGACGAAUUAAGAGAAAAAGUAUUUUGCAAAAUAGCAGAGAAAGCAUACACAUACGUCGUCCACAACAUCAGAGCAGCUGCCAAAGCUGUACCUUCGUCAGCUUUUUUCACCAAUAUCGAAUAGAAAUAUGUAUUUUAUUAGUACCCAAUAUCUGCGUUUGUUUUGAUGUGGCAGGAGACUUAAGAAAUAUAUAGUCUGAAUAAAAGAACACACUAAAUUAUACUGUAUAUUAAAAGCACAUGCUACGAAUAACAACUAUUGUGAGUGAUAUUGAAAUCAAUUUAUGUACCGAGUUCAAACUGUUUUCUAGUGUUACUAACGAUUUUAUUCCGAAAAUAAAUUUAUAUUUAGUCCCAAAA